GGAACGUCUGAGAGCAGAUAACGAGGGAAGGAGCACGUUGGCGAAGGUGCUUCCCGACUGAUGACAAUGGCGACGCCGUUCCAUCUUGGUUCCUGCUCGGCCAUGGCCAUGGCUCAAACGCGGGGCCAGGCCGCCGAAUCCUUCAGACCUGACCACCUGACUGGUCCGCCCUCUGCCCGUCGCUUCUCAUCCGCCGGCAUGGCUCGCCCGCAGCAUCGCUCUGCCUCCCUGGCGACGCAGGCCCUGUCUCGAGUACUUUUAUCCAAAACCAGGGCCGUUUCCGUGGAAUCCAAGCAGGACUCUCUAGUCGAUGGCUGUAGCAAUAACAGAUGUUUAUCUUUCAUCCUCUCUCAAGUAAAGGAAUCACGAGUAUGCAACUACAAUGAUAGCCAAAUGCACCAAUUCCAUUGUGGUUCCUGCCUCUGGGUUGUGGACCCAGUUUGUCUCUUAUCUUUGCUCUCCACCACACCUUUCACCGCUGCCCAUCCACCACAGCCACCACCAAAGAAUUGGCGCCUUCCUCCAAACAAGCAUUUCACUGAAGGAUUAAUGGCGACCACCGUCUUUCAAAUCCGGCAGGCGCCAACGUCCUUUUAUGGCGAUCAACUGCUUCUGUUGCGGAGUUCUUUGCGAGCUCCGGGCUGCGUGCAGAUAACCGGCCGCCGGAGCAGUGAAGGUCCAUUGAGGAGGAAGGGCGGCGUCGGGAUCAGGUGUGCACUUCAGGAUCUGAUCGGAGGAGACCUGUUGAAGUUCGAUUUGGGGCAGUGGCUUGAUGACGUUGAGAAGCACAAGGCUCUGGCCAUCUACUCUCCACAUGAAGGUGGCUAUGAGGGCCGGUACUUGACGCGGCUGAGAUACCAAGGCUACUACUUUCUGGAUCUGUCAGCUAGAGGUCUCGGGGAUCCGGAGACCACCCUCACAAAAAUCCACCCCGUCUGCCCGGCUCAUUUGGGGAGGCAGCCCAUCGCGAGAUGGUACUACCCACCGGAGAUUGAUUAUAGACUUUCUCUGCUGCCGCCGAACAGCAAAGGAUUGAUUCUUUGGGUAAUCGAAGCCAAGGUUCUGUCCAAGGCAGAGUUACAGUUUCUAGCAUUGCUACCAAGCAUACGGCCAAAAAGUGAAGGUGAUUGCAGAAUGUGGGAAUUGGAGGAAAUUCGUCUGGAAACCAUUGAAGGAAAUUGCAGGACUUCCUCUUGACGAUGAAGCCUGAUCUGUCCUGCUAUUGAAAGUUUGUAAAGCCUCUGUUGUUGUCUGUGGCCAAUAGCCAAGAAAGGAGCCAUGUAUCCUUUUUUUUUUUUUUUUUCUUUCUUUUGUCUACAUGAGCAUGCACCCCUAAGCCCAUCAUGCGAAUUUGAGCGUCGCAUGAUACGCAUGACUCAAAAACUUACAGUCGCAUGACAUAUAUAAGCAGAUUGUGUACAGUUCUUUGGUGAAAUCUGUAUGAAUACUUCUAGUGGAUUCAUGGCAGACUAUCAAAAAGCGAGAACGAGCAAGGCAAACUUUUGUAACCAACC